AUGAACCCAUGCGAAGACGUAUCCAAUAGUAGGCACAAUUGUGCACAUGAUAUCAGCAGCAGCGGUAGUGGCCCGGCAACGGCAACGGCAACAGCGAAAGGAGCUGCCAACGCUUCCAGAAACAGUUCAACAAGUCACCGCCAACCCUUUUAUGUUCUUUCCAGCUCAGAUGGGACAUGGUUUGCUCAUCUCCCCGGAGCAACGGGCCCAAGUUGCAGCGGUAUCACACGUAACCCUCAACACCUCCCUUGUGGCGCAUCUUGGAGCUCAUCUUCCCCACAAUUCAUGACACCGAAGGGAGUCUCUCAGUCGAUAUUUCGGGAGAAUUGGGGAUUUAUGCAAGAUGGAACACCGGCUGAUGUGCCACGAACAACUGAAAUACCAACGGCAACGACAACUGGAAAGUUACCGCUUCCAAACUUUUACGUGGGGGAACCCGCACGCCGUGGCUCCUGCAGCACAUCACAAGAGUUUCAUCAGCAUGUAAUGGAGGAACAGAGGAGACAAAUGGGUCAACUGAUUCAUCAGCAUACGCCUGGAAAGCAUUUGUCAUAA